GUUUCAUCAACAAGCAUUGGUCGAGGUGAAAAUACUGGAGCACAUCACUAAACGUGAUAAGGAUUGUCACCACAACGCGAUUCAUAUGCUCGACUAUUUCUAUUUUCGUAACCACCUGUGCAUCACAUUUGAAUUAUUAGGGGUCAAUUUAUACGAAUUAAUCAAGAAGAACAAUUACCAGGGUUUUAGUGUGAAUCUCAUUAGAAAGUUUGCAAAUUCGUUGGUUCAGUGUUUGAAGUUAUUAUAUAAGGAGAAUAUAAUUCACUGCGACCUAAAACCGGAAAACAUUUUGCUGAAACAAAAGGGCAGCUCCAGUAUCAAAGUGAUCGACUUCGGGAGCUCUUGUUUCGCUCACCAACGGGUCUACACAUACAUCCAGUCCCGCUUCUACCGGUCACCCGAGGUA